CCCUGCCGGGUCAGGAUGGAAAGGCUUACACAGGCAGGGGAGGAAACAUGUCAUGAGAGGUGAUGACACAGCCACGGAGACGUAUCCACAUCCUCUCUGACUCCCAAGUUCGCUGCUCUCUGCUGCUUUUGCCACCGCUGCUGCUGCUGUUUCUGCAUCCCACAGAUGAGAGAGAGAGAGAGAGAGACCCAAAGAUAGCUGCCAUUCUCUCCCCCCACCUCUCUCCCCCUCUGUCUCUCUUCCUCUCUUUUUCACUUUGUUUGUGGAUGAUGGGAUUUUAAUCAUGUGGAAGACAGCUGAGCGGCUCUUCUGGAUUUCGCUGACACUGCGCCUGGUCCCGCCUGGCCUUUUCUGAGCAGGAUGGACACUCUGGAGUCAGAGCUAACCUGCCCAAUCUGCCUGGAGCUCUUCGAAGACCCGCUGCUGCUCCCCUGUGCCCAUAGCCUGUGCUUUGGCUGCGCCCACCGCAUACUCGUCUCCCACUGCACCACCAACGAAUCAGUUCAGAGCAUCGGCGCCUUCCAGUGCCCUACCUGUAGAUAUGUCAUUUCCCUGAGUCCAGAGCGUGGACUAGACGGACUUAAGAGAAACGUGACCUUGCAGAAUAUUAUUGAUAGAGUUCAGCGUGCCUCAUCUUCAGCCGGGCUCCCCCUGCCACUGCCGUUGCCCGCCCCUCACAGCGGGCCCAACUCUCCCAGUGAGGAAGGGACCAACCGGUUGGCGCUGGUCCCCGUCAGCGCCGCCAUGUCUAGCCCGAGCACGCCUCCAGAGCCGGUCCAGUGCCAGUUCUGCGAGCAGGACCCACCACAGGAUGCUGUUAAGACAUGCGUGACAUGCGAGGUGUCAUACUGUGAGGAGUGCCUCAGAGCGACGCACCCAAACAAGAAGCCAUUCACCGGCCACCGGCUCAUCGAGCCCAUGCCGGACUCCCACCUCAGAGGGCUUCAGUGCCUGGAGCAUGAGGAGGAGAAGGUGAACAUGUACUGUGUCACUGAUGAUCAGCUCAUCUGCUCCCUCUGCAAGUUAGUUGGAAGGCACAGGGACCACCAGGUGGCAGCACUGAGUGACCGCUAUGAAAAACUGCGGCAAGCUCUGGAUUCCAACCUGAGUAAUCUGAUCAAGAGGAACAACGAGCUGGAGUCUCUUAUGGGAAAAUUGAUUCAAACCUGUCAACAUGUAGAGGUGAACGCGUCCCGCCAGGAGGGCAAGCUCAUGGAGGAGUGCGAUGUCCUGAUUGACAUUAUUCAGCAGAGGAGGCAGAUCAUUGGCAGCAAGAUCAAAGAGGGGAAGGCACAGCGGCUUCGGAAGCUCGCCCAACAGAUCUCCAACUGCAAGCAGUGCAUAGAGAGGUCCUCGGCCCUCAUAACACAGGCCGAUCAGACGCUGAAAGAAACCGAUCACGCUCGCUUUCUGCAGACGGCCAAGAGCAUCAAUGAGAGGGUUUCCAUGGCUACCGCAUCAACCCAAGUUUUGAUCCCUGAGAUACACCUAACUGACACCUUCGACACCUUUGCCCUGGACUUCACUCGAGAGAAGAAACUGUUGGAGAAUCUGGAUUAUCUCACUGCUCCAAGUGCUCCGUGCAUAAGGGAAGAGUUGUGCACGGCUUCCUACGACACGAUCACUGCCCACUGGACGUCAGAUGAUGAAUUCACUGUGACAUCCUAUGAGCUCCAGUAUGCCAUCUUCACCGGGCAGUCCAACAUUGCCAGCCUCUGUAACUCCUUGGAAAGCUGGAUGAUUGUUCCCAACAUCAAGCAGAACCACUACACAGUGCACGGUCUGCAGAGUGGCACCAAGUAUAUCUUUGUUGUCAAGGCUAUUAACCAAGCAGGGAGCAGAAGCAGUGAACCAGGGACUUUAAAGACAAACAGCCAACCGUUCAAGCUUGAUCCCAAAUCUGCUCACAAGAAGCUGAAGGUGUCCCAUGAUAACCUGACAGUGGAGCGAGAUGAAACCACAUCCAAGAAAGGCCACAGCCAGGAGCGCUUCGCCAGCCAGAGCAGCUACGGUGUGGUGGGAAAUGUUUACAUCGACAGUGGGCGUCACUACUGGGAGGCUCUGAUUGGAGGGAGCACAUGGUAUGCUGUAGGCAUAGCCUACAAGUCAGCUCCCAAGCACGAAUGGAUCGGUAAGAACUCUGCAUCUUGGGUGCUCUGCCGCUGCAACAACUCCUGGGUGGUUCGCCACAACAGCAAGGAGCUGGCCAUUGAGCCCUCACCCCACCUGAGACGGGUUGGGGUCCUGCUGGAUUACGAUGCUGGAUACCUGAGCUUCUACGAUGCUGUAGGCUCCCAGCACCUACAUACAUUUCACGUCUCCUUCAUCCAACCCGUGUGCCCCGUGUUCAAUGUGUGGAACAAGUGUCUAACCAUUCUCACUGGUCUACCAAUCCCUGACCAUCUAGAGGGACUGGAACCCAACAACUGAAAGCUACACAGAGACAAAAAUAAAUCAACCCAAAUUCAGAAUCUUAAAGCUGCACUGGGCAAGAGAUGUGAAAAUACUCAUCUUUGGAUAGAGAACAGACGAGGUCUCUAUCCUCUUUAAUUCAAUCAGCUCUGCUCUAUUUACCCAACAUAAAUUCUCCUCAUAUGCACUUUUGUACCCAGAGGCAGUGACAUCUCCGUCAGAAGCUAGCAAGCACAAUGUCCUAAUAAAAAAUAGCCUCGCAAAUGUCUGAUUUAUUCCUCUUUUACAAGCUGGUUUCCUUUGAUACAUGCCCCGCCACGCUGUUUCUUUUGGUCUAAACGUUUAUGCGAGCUUUCCAGUAGCUUCACUUUCUCAGACGACAGUAAAACUUGCUAGCAUUUGUGCAAAUGUACCUAGUGCAGCUUUACUGUGCAGAAGAAUUAAGUGUUGCAUGAUGCGUUGCUUUGUCAAAGCUUCUCAAAUGGAUUUUGUGUUUAUUAUAAUUUGCUGAAUCAAGGCGGAUUCUGGUUGAUGUUGGGUUCGAUUUUAAAAAGCUUAGUGAAAACCCGGUCUAAAUCAGUCUCAGCUCGGGACUGCGCUGGACUAGAAAUGUCUGCUAUAAGGCACUUUGGGCUAUGGUGAGCAUAUUUGUACCAUGAUAACUAGGAAACAAGCCACAAUCAAUUAUCAUCCCUCUGCCCUCCCCCCUCUUUUAUUUAAUUUUAAUUCUUAGAUAUUGCACUUUGAAAUUCCCUCAAAAUACACAUACUGCAUACACACACAGUCAGGGUUGCUGGAAAGAGCAGAAUUACAGAUGUAUAUUUUGUAAAGUAAUUACAUCCCCCUUAUCUUCUCCUUGCUCAUUAAAAAGGAACCAAAGGAACCACUGCUGUUCAUAUAAAUUUUACUCUACGAGGAUAAAUGCCGAGUUAUUUUUAAAAGGUGACAGAGAGGAAAUAUCAUUAUGGUAAUCUUAAGUGCAGGAUUCCCCUAAAUGUAGACUUUGUCUUUGCACAUUGUUCAUACUUUAUUCAUGCUUUUGUAGCUUAAAAUUCUAAUGUAUUCUGGUGCAAUUAACACGUAUUCAUAUUUGGGAAAGUGUUGUGUUUGACUUAUUGUGUUAAUUUUGUUUCUGGCAGUCAUACAAGUCCUGUCAUUAUUAUUUUAUGUGGUGCAUAUUAUGUGAAUUGUGUUACAGUUGUAGACCCGGGUUAUUAUCGGAGAUUAGGCGUGAAAUACACAUUUGGGUGUAAUUUUAUUUGAUUUUUUUAACUCAGCUUUCUGCUAAUUGAUCAUAUGGAUAUUUAGUGAGACACAUCUGUGCCAGAAUACCACUACACCAAAAGCAGAGAGUUCUCAUCUCUACAUACUAUUUCACAGAUCAUUUUUACGCUUCAGUUCAUCAAACUUCACUUUAUCGAGUCAACCACCCUUGCACCCUCAGACUUGUUGCACAAUGAUGAUGUCAAUAGGGUAAACUUCAUUCUUCUUUUUUGUUUUUUUGCUUAAUUUCUCCAAUUUAAAGGGACAAAAUAGCCAACAUAAGUUCAUGCGUAAAGUCAAAACCCAUACAGCAAAACCUCCCAAAGGAAACAAUCAAGUACGAUAUGUUCUCGCUAAUUUACAGUAGGUUAGAUUCCACUGUUUGUUGGUUAACAGUGACAAAAUUGCAAAUGUAAAGAUUUACACAAUACUUAGGACAAAUGAGCUUCAAUUCUAUGUUUAUUGGCAAUGCACUGAACUCAGUGUUCCAUUGUAAAUGAAUGCAAAUAUUGUGUUUAAUUUAAUGUUUCCAUUUGAACUUUAUGGCCAUGGUGUUAUCUGUUCAGUCUCUGUGGAUAUUUUUAUGGCAAAAAUGAUGGAGUAUGAGUGCUUGCAUCACCACUGUCUGAGCUAAGUCUGUAAGAGAGAGAGAGAGAGAGAAAAUAAACAUUGCUCCUUUUCACAUUAAA